AUGAAAUUAUUCAUAAUCGUAGUAUGUUUCAACAUCGUUUAUCUCAACGAUCGAUUGAUAAAUUAUUUAUCUUUAUUAAUCAAAUUUCAUCUUUACUCAAUGGUAAAUCAAAUCAUACUCAUUUACUUAAACUUGAAGGACAAUUACAAGCUGCUAAUUAUAAAACAACAGAAAUAUCUAUUAAAACAUUUCGAAGUUAUACAAGUUCAAGUAGUAGUGAUUAUUCACAAUAUCAACAACAGAAACAUUAUACAAUAAAACCACCACCGUUACCAUUAAAGAAUAAUAGUCUCGAUUAUUCAAUGAGUCAACAUUCACAAUCACAAUACUUUUAG